AUGAGCAUUUCAUUGCCAGCGAGUAGAAAAUGGAGAAGCCUUAUCGUGAUUCUUGUGGUUAUCGUUGCCGCUAUUGCAUACUCCAUUCGCAAAACCGAUAUCUCACCCGAGGAUCAGCUGCUGGUCCGAGUUGCCAGGAAAAGCGAGAAGAGCUCGGAAGAAUCCAAAGAAGAAACUGAGGGCCAGAAGAAAGAUGAGAAGAAGGACGAGUCCGCAGAGGAGGGUUCAGGAGCUGAGAUGAAACGAGUGAAGCGAGAUGAUUCAUCGUCAUCAGAGGAGGAAGGCAGCGGCGAGAAGGCAGUUCGCGAAUCUGGAGCGGAGGGUUCAGGAGAGGUCCGGUUCGAGUGGUACGAGAUGCUUCUGCUAGUAGCGAGGAAUCGUCAGGAGAUGCUCCUUCUCGAAGUGAACGCGCACUCGAAGGUUCAGGAGAGGACCAAACUCGAUUUGUACGUGAAAGCGAAGGAUCUGGAGCCGAAGAAUAGCGCUGCUCUGAGAGAAGAAGAUAACUGCUCCGAAUGA